AUGCAUAAUAAGAAAUUAUUGAAGUUAAAACAUCUAGGAAUUAGUGGGUAUCGGAAUUAUGUCACCGAUAGCAUUGUACAUGAUAUUACACGAUCCCAUCCUAACCUCCAAUCUAUAGAUAUUCGUUCUUGUAGUAGACUUAUCGAUACUACUAUUCACACCCUUACAGAUUCAUAUUCAAAUCUGAAAAGUUUAAAACUUGCGCACUGUGAUGAAAUAAGUGAUAUAGCCAUCAGAAAAAUUGCACAAUUCCAUUGUUUGGAACAUCUCAACCUCUAUGGUAUGAGUGCCCUUACUGAUAAAUCAAUGCGUAUUAUUGCGAGAUCGUGCCCAAAUAUCCAAUAUCUUAAUCUUCAAUCUUGCAAUGUUACAGACGGAGUUAUAGAAGAAAUAGCUCUAUCAUGCCAUAAUCUAAAACAUCUUGACCUUUACGGAGUUCAACAUAUUAUUUCUGACUUGUCAAUUUCCAAAAUCGCAAAAAUGUGUCCUAAUAUCAUAUAUUUUGAUCUAGGAUACGCUCCGUCUAUUUCCUGUACAACUCUCAAAAUUAUCGCAGACCACUUGCAUGCUCUAGAAUAUCAGCCUGAAAAAUUGCUAUAG